UGGAGAUCCAUGACAAUGGCCAAGUCCAUUUCGUGGUCGAUGGUUUGCGGGUUGAUGCUAUUCGGGUUGGGUCUAAUUUCACUCUUAACGGGUCACGUGGCUUCUCAUCUUGAAUGGUACUCCCAGCGAUUCGUUCACCGCACUUUCUACUCAACGCUGGAUGGAAAUGAUCGUGCGCAAAUUGAUAUUUGGAAAUCACAAUAUUCUAAAUACUACUAUGGAUGCAAAGAAAGGGGACGUCAUUUUGCUCCUGCUGUACCUGAGAGCAUGUCCAACGGCUACUUGCUUAUUGCAACAAGUGGAGGACUGAACCAACAAAGAACUGGGAUAACAGAUGCUGUUGUUGUUGCACGAAUUCUUAACGCUACGCUAGUUGUACCUGAGUUGGAUCAUCAUUCUUUUUGGAAGGACAACAGUGACUUCGUCAAUAUUUUUGAUGUUAAUUGGUUCAUUACUUAUCUAGCAAAAGAUAUUACUAUUGUUAAAAGAGUUCCUGUUAAAGUCAUGCGGUCAAUGGAGAAACCCCCAUAUACAAUGCGUGUCCCAAGGAAAUCAGACCCUGAAUAUUAUCUUGAUCAAGUUUUGCCAAUACUCUUGAGGCGACGGGUUUUGCAAUUGACAAAGUUUGACUAUAGACUUGCAAAUAACCUUGAUGACGAGCUACAAAAAUUACGAUGCCGCGUUAAUUAUCAUGCUCUGAGAUUUACAAAACCUAUACGAGAACUUGGUCAAAGACUUGUAAUGAGAAUGCGAAAGAUGGCAAACCGUUUUAUAGCAGUCCACUUGAGGUUUGAGCCAGAUAUGCUGGCAUUUUCAGGUUGUUAUUUUGGUGGAGGUGAAAAGGAAAGACGUGAGCUUGGUGAAAUCAGGAAAAGGUGGACAACCUUGCCUGAUUUGAGCCCUGAUGGAGAGCGAAAGCGUGGGAAAUGUCCUCUUACUCCUCAUGAAGUGGGUUUGAUGCUGCGAGCACUUGGUUUUACAAAUGACACAUACCUCUAUGUUGCAUCAGGAGAGAUAUAUGGUGGGAAUGAGACCAUGCAGCCUCUCAAAGAUCUUUUCCCCAACUUCUAUACAAAAGAGAUGCUUGCUGAGGAAGAGUUGAAAUCUUUUCUUCCAUUCUCUUCGCGCCUUGCUGCUAUUGACUAUAUUGUUUGUGAUGAAAGUAAUGUAUUUGUCACUAACAACAAUGGUAACAUGGCCAAGAUACUUGCUGGUCGAAGGAGGUAUAUGGGUCACAAAAGAACCAUUAGACCAAAUGCAAAGAAACUUAGCGCGCUGUUCAUGGCAAGGCAUCAGAUGGAGUGGGACACCUUUGCCAGAAAGGUUAAGGCAUGUCAAAGAGGAUUCAUGGGAGAGCCAGAUGAGAUGAGACCUGGACGAGGAGAGUUUCAUGAAUUCCCCAGCAAUUGCGUGUGUGAGAAACCAUUUAUGGAUGAACUCACAGCCAAAAACCUAACAAUGAAAACAGACUUGGCAAUGAAUGGCGGAAAUGAAGCAACUGUUCUACUACCAAAGCCAAGUGGGAGAAGGGCCAGCUUGUGAUAAAUGAGUAAGUUGGUGCUAAUUUAAGUUGUCACGGGCAUGAUGGAGAUCAGGCUAAUUCACAUUGUGGAUGGCUCAAUCUAGAUCCAU